GAGAGGGAGACCACACUAAUUGGAUCCCUGACUGUGCGUGAGUUCCUUUACUACUCGGCACUGCUUCAGCUUCCUGGUUUCUUUUGUCAGAAAAAGAGUGUGGUAGAGGAUGCAAUCCUUGCUAUGUCGCUAGGUGAUUAUGCAAAUAAACUCAUAGGCGGCCAUUGUUACAUGAAGGGCCUUCCCAGUGGUGAGAGAAGGCGUCUCAGCAUUGCUAGGGAGCUUGUGACGAGACCACGCAUCUUAUUUAUAGAUGAGCCUCUGUAUCAUCUGGAUAGUGUCUCUGCACUUCUGAUGAUGGUGACAUUGAAGAAGCUUGCAAGCACAGGGUGCACUCUUAUAUUCACCAUUAACCAGAGCAGCACAGAAGUAUUUGGUCUUUUUGAUCGAAUUUGUCUGCUUUCAAAUGGAAACACUCUUUUUUUUGGAGAGACAUUGGCUUGUUUGCAGCACUUCUCCAAUGCUGGGUUUCCUUGCCCAAUUAUGCAAAGCCCUUCCGAUCAUUUUCUCCGCGCGAUAAACACAGAUUUCGACAGAAUCAUUGCGAUGUGCAAAAAUUGGCAGGAUGACCAUGGAGACUUUUCAUCAGUGAAUAUGGACACUGCCGUUGCAAUACGCACCCUUGAAGCAACUUACAAGUCAUCAGCAGAUGCUGCUGCAGUUGAGAAUAUGAUUUUGAAGCUCACCGAGAAGGGAGGUCCAUCCCUCAAAAGCAAGGGAAAGGCAAGUAAUGCGACAAGGAUUGCGGUGUUGACUUGGAGAUCAUUAUUGAUUAUGUCAAGGGAGUGGAAAUACUACUGGCUUCGGCUGAUUCUCUAUAUGCUUCUUACACUUUGUGUUAGUACCGUGUUUUCCGGAUUAGGGCAUUCCUUGUCAUCUGUUGCGACUAGAGUUGCAGCGAUAUUUGUGUUUGUAUCAUUUACUUCACUGCUAAGCAUUGCUGGAGAACCUGCGCAGAGGAAAGAAAUCAAGAUAUAUGCCUGCGAAGAAUCAAACCGGCAUUCAGGGGCAUUGGUUUUCUUGCUUGGGCAACUCUUCUCCAGUAUCCCGUUCUUGUUUCUCAUCUCCAUUUCAUCAAGCCUCGUCUUCUAUUUCCUUGUGGGUCUGCGAGAUGAGUUCAGCUUUCUUAUGUAUUUUGUGCUGAAUAUCUUCAUGUGCCUUUUAGUUAACGAGGGACUAGUGCUUGUUGCUGCUUCCAUUUGGCAAGAUAGUUUCUGGAGCAUCUUAACGUUGGUGUCCAUACAUGUGGUAAUGAUGCUUUCUGCUGGCUAUUUCCGAAUUCGGAGUGCUUUGCCUAGACCUGUAUGGAUGUAUCCAGUAUCCUAUAUUGCUUUCCACACUUACUCUAUUCAGGGGCUUUUGGAGAAUGAAUACAUUGGAGCAUCUUUUGCCGUUGGGCAGGUAAGGACCAUAUCCGGGGAUCAGGCUCUUCAUAAUGUAUACGAUCUCUCUUCUGGCAGUAAUUCUAAGUGGGGGAAUUUACUGGUAUUGUUUCUUAUGGCUGUUGGGUACCGCAUUAUUGUGUUUGUUGUGCUGCUACUUCGUGUCAGAAAGAACUUAUUAGCAUGUAAGUUUUUACAGUGCAAUCGAGAUAAAAACAAUCCAAGAUAAAUGAAAUACUCUCUGCCCUGUUGGAUUGUGAAAAUUAUGUGGAUUCUUAUCUUGUUGCUAUUUUUUGCUACAAUUCAG